AUGUUCUUAUUAACUUUUAUUGUUCGUGUGUUGGCGGAAACGGCUGCAUACAUGUAUAAACAUGAAAUCCCUUCGUAUCUUCCUUCUUUGCAUCUCUACCACCUGAAAGACACCAUCGCCGUCUCCGCUGUGUUUAUUAGGUGGUGUGUCUCAGUAGCGGCAGAAAUGGGGCUCGUGCACAGUGACUCGCAGCCGUCUGCAUGGAGCUCACACAUAAAUUGGUUUAAGUCCUUUGGUUUCGGUGCCUCUCAAGAUGAUGAUAUCUUGGGCUCACCAGUCAGUAGAGGUGAACUGCAGGCCGCGGAACAAAUACAGACGGAGUUUACCAGCCUCGACCACGAGGCGGAGUACGUCAAUGAAAGGCUACGAAGAUGUGAGGAGGCAUUAGUGGCAGUGUUGGAAAAAGAGAAAAUUCUGAGUCAAGGUGUGGAAGCGAUCAUGAUGGAGAUGCAUGACUAUACUGCUGCGGGAGGGUCCGAGUGGAGCGAAAGUGACCUGGAGAGGUUUCGUGAAAAUCAACAAAGUGUUGACUCGGUGUUGAAGAUACUCGAAGAGAUCCGGGAGAAAAGGGAACACCUGCAGCAGCGUAUCUUCAAAACAGAAGUUUACUCACGGCUCUUGGAGGCAGAGCGGAAGGAAGCGGAGAAGACGUUGGAUGCCGUGAGGAGAAGUGUGGGGGAUCGCACAGGAUACAUCGCCGUGGAGGGAGGAAAUGAAAGUACUUUGGUCAUCCCACCCGCACCACUGGUUGUGAGUAUUGUUGAAGAAUUUAGGAACGAGGUGGUGAAUGAGGAGCCGUCAAGCACGCUGGCGUCAUUAAUCUGA